CAAUUGUGUUUGACUUGGACAGGCUAAUAAAAAUCACUGCAAGCAAAGAGCCACGCUCAUUCCAGUUGUCGACGGAGUGCGGAGUAGGAUAUACUCUGUUUCGUUGUCCCUGAGUCGACAAAAAGUUCGUAGUAAUCUUUGUAGUAGACGAACAAGUAGAAAAUUCAGUUUCACAAUCGAUAUAAAAGAUCUGUCGUACACAAGUGUUUCUUUUAGUGUAUUCUAUAUUUUUUCUUCUUUAUUAAGAUGAAUUUAAGCCGAUUAUAAAACAUCUCGAUAUAAAGUGUGCAAAAUUACAAGGAUAAGAAACACAAUUUCAAAGAAGAAUUUUUCAUACUUUCCAUACGGAAUUGUAAAAACACAUGUUACGUUAUACGUUACUUGUCAUACGUUCAUCUUUUUACCAAUCAAUCUAUGUGCCGUCCAUAUAAUAACUUCAGCAACAUCUCUUAUAUUUAUUAACGAUAUCGCGAUAAAAGACGCAACCCAAGACUAAUUUCAAUGUGUCCCUCUUUUGUGGAUAUUGCUCGCGGAGAAACACAUGAAUUGACAGAGACUUUUGACAAUCAUGGAUGUUGAUUGUCCGAUAGUCAGUUUAAAACGAUCAAGCAGUGCGCCUAUGAUUAAUGAGAUCAGUGCCACAAUGUCUGUUACCUCACCCUCUACUUCUGCACCAAGAAAUGCUGUAUCAACAUUUAAUGUAUUUGCCAAUUCACCUCGUCUACGACGAUUCAGCACUAGUAGUCCUUGUAGUAUACCACGUUUAACGCCAAGAGUUAGCCAAUUAAGGCAAGAAGAAUGUAUAGAUGUUGCUGGUCGUGAAGCUGCGCAUGAAAAGGAAAUUCACAGUGCAAUGCAAAUAUCUCAAUCAUGGGAAGAUCUUACCCUAGAAGCAGAAGGCUUAUCAUUUAAGGAUUCAGAAUCUCCUUCUCAUCUCAAUAGAGCAGAACGACAAAUAGCAAAAAGGAUAUUAGAUCCGCUCAGUUUAAAUUUAUCCGUGAAUGGUCCACCAUUGUGUUCAUCACCAUCACCUACAAGAUCGGGAUUAAAUCAACGACAGUGUUAUUCUCCUGGUAUUCAUAUGGUUAAUUGGAAAAAUAAUUUGUCACCUAGUCCAACGAGAAAGGCUUUUGCUACAAGGCGUAGUCUAAGUCCAAUAAGGCCAAGCUGCUUAGGACCUGUUAAACGAAAGUUUGAAUUAGAUGAUACUGGUGUAGAUCAUCAUUUGUAUCCUCCAGCCAAACGUACAUCUGGUUCUAUAACACAAAGUGCAUUCAGAUUAGAUACAAUAUCCAGUCCACUUUCUGGUACCAUUAGUUCUGUUGGAACUCCUGAAUCAAUAUCUAGUGCAGAUUCGCCAAGUUUUUCCUUUCAACAAGUGGAUAGUCCUUCGCCAGUUUGUAUUGGUCCUAAUACCGAUGAUAUAUUGAAUGAAACAAGCAUGCAAGCUGAAACAAUAGACCAAAUUCAAACAGAUAAAAUUAGUCAAGUUGGAAGCCUACGUUAUUGUAAUAAAUUAUAAUGUAAAAUUAUUAUCACUUUGAUCUGCGCCAAACUAUGGAGAGAGAAGAAGUAUUAUUAAUCAUGUUAUAUCUAGUAUAUUUUUAACAUCUUUCAAAAAUAAAACAACUUGCAUUGAUGAUCUUAAUAAUGCCUUGUAGAUAAUAUAUAUGUUGUUAGCUCAAAUAUUAAAAGAUCAUUAUUAUUAAAAUUAAGAAUCGUGGAAAAGAAAAUUCAUCAAUGCUGUUGUUUGGUAGACAAAUCAAUCUUAUAUAUUCCUAAAGUCAAAGUGAACUUCUUAGAAGAUACAUAUGCUUCCUAAGUUUAAGACUGAAAUUAAUGUUUUAUAAGGCACUUUUUUUAUAAAUCAAAAUGGCCUCCACCCAAUUGAAAAAAAUCAUGUGUAAAUAAAACAGUACUUUCUCAAUCAAGUUCUUCAAAAUUGACUAAGUUUCAAAUAAAUACAUAUUUAUUUAUGCACGUAAAAAAUUUUGUAUUAACCCUUCGGUGCGUGCAAAUAUUAGAUGAAAAUGUGAAAUAUCAAUAAAUAGAAUAAUUAUUGUACAAUCAACUAAACAUAUUAAUGUUUCCUAUAUAUAUGAUAAAAUAGAAGAAUACAUUAAUUGUGUCGGAUAUUUUACAAAAUACACACACACACACACACACACAUAUAAUAUAUAUAUAUAUAUAUAUAUAUAUAUAUAUAUAUAUAUAUAUAAAAUGUGCUUUAAGUAUUGCAAUGAAAUAAUAGUGCGUGAUGGUUAUGUAUAUUCCACAUAUUUUCAUACAUAAUUACAUUAAUUUAUGAAUUAAUUUGUAUUAUAUAUGAAUUAUUUGUAACAAAAACGAGCAAGAGACUAUUAAAUGUAAUAUCAAAAGUAUUUUAUAACCUAUCAUUUAUAAUUUUCUAAUUGAAAUUUUGACAAAAGAUACGUUAUUAAACUCUUAUUUAUCAUUUUGUACAAUAUAUGACAAUGUAAGCACUAAAGGGAUCGCCAAAAAAUAUAAUAAAGUUUUUGUAACAAGUACAACAUACUUUUAUGAAAACCUAAAGAAAUAAAUUAAUAAGUUUAUGUAAAUAGUAAAAUGAUUUUAUCAAUUCGCAUAUAAAUCGAUGGCAAUGUAUAAAUUAUUUUUUGCGUGCUUAAUUAAAAAAAAAAAGUUAUCACAUAAUUAUAAAUAUAUGUCUAAUAACUCCAUAUGUGAAUAUUGAAAUUCUUACGUUAAUGUAAACACCACAAUAGAUUGAGAACAGAUUAACUUAAUAAAAACUGUUACUAUUCAGAAAUUUGUAUCGAAGCGAAUUAUUUUCUUGUUACUGAAAUA